CUAUACUGCCCCCAGAGUAUGUGUGGAGGACUGCAGGUCACAUGAUCAGUGGAGAACGCGCUCUCUAUCUCCCGUGUUACAUGAGGACGCGGUCUGACACAAAACCCUUCUCCGAAAGAAGAGAGACCCCAACGUAACCGCCCUUCACCUCCGGGCCAGAGGGUCCCUGCAGGGUCCAGGUUCAAUGUACUGGGGGCCACAAGUUCUCCCGGCAUCAACCUACGUGUUAUCCCAAGAAUCCACCCGCAGAGCCGUAUACAAUGGCGUCCAGGGGAGGAACCUAAUGGGCACACACACCUCCCCUGGACCGCCAGGAGGGACACCCAAAAGGGACCGCACCCUGACUAAUCCUAGGGACCAACAGCACAUAUAAGGUGGCGCAGUGAUCAAAAGCCAAACAAACAUAUAAGUUCCUAUAAGGUGUCAGGACGUGGCGGUCUAUUUCUCCAUGGAGGAGUGGGAGUAUGUAGAAGGACACAAGGAUCAGUACAAGGAUCAGGUCAUGAUGGAGGAUCAGCUUCCCCUCUCAUCACCAGGGCUCCAGAGCGUCCUCUUGGGGAUCCCCUCCAUCGCCGGCGCUCUCCAUCGUUGUCUUCACGUCGCCGUGCACGCCUUCCCGUCAUCCAAUAGGAGCGGCGUGCGUAGUGACAUGAUGACGGCGACGUGAGAGCGACGUACCCGGGCAGCAGAGACGCUCCAAAGCAGCGGGGACACCACAGGGACGCGGCGAUAGCCAUGAAGGGCAUCCAGGGCAGCGGUGACCAGCGGGGACGGGUCCGGAGCAGCAGGGACAGUCAGAUGCAGUAAGAGAACAGCACCAGAGAGGUGUCCCAGUCCUCUUGAUGAGCAGAAUAUGGAGGACAUUCCUACAGGUAACGAUCUGGACUAUAUUAAUGCUACAGACAUAAAGGAAGAAGAAGAGACGGAUGUGAGCGGUGAUGAGCAGUAUAAGGUGGACAAAGAUAUUCCUACAGGGAAAGAUCUGUUCUAUAUUAAUGCUACAGACAUAAAGGAAAAAGAAGAGACAGAUAUGAGCGGCGAUGAGCAGUAUAAGGAGAACAUUCCUACAGAGAAAGAUCUGAUCUAUAAUAAUACUACAGACUUAAGGGAAGAAGAACAAGAGACAGAUGUGAUUAGUGAUGAGCAGUAUAAGGAGGACAUUCCCACAGGGAAAGAUUUGAACAAUAUUAAUGCUAAAGAUAUAAAGGAAGAAGAAGAGACAUAUGUGAGCAGUGAUGAGCAGUAUAAGAAGGACUAUCCUACAGGGAAAGAUCCGAUCUAUAUUAAUCCUUCAGAUAUGGAGGAAGAAAAACAGACAGAUGUGAGCAGUGAUGAGCAGUAUAAGAAGGAUAUUGCUACAGGGAAAGAUCCGAUCUAUAUUAAUCCUUCAGAUAUAAAGGAAGAAGAAGAGACAGAUGUGAGCGGUGAUGAGCAGUAUAAGGAGGACUUUCAUACAGGUAAACGCCCAGAUUCUUGUACCGGGAGAUCAGAGGAGAAUCUUAUAUCUUCAGAUUAUAAAGCAGAUGAUGAUAUCACACAAGAUACAUAUGAAGAACAUUCCAUUAUCCCAGAUACACCCUCAGCCCUUCACAGCCAAGAUCUCUCAUCUCAUGCGUAUAUACAUGUCCUGCCUUCUCAUUCAUGCUCAGAAUGUGGGAAAUGUUUUACUAAGAAAUCAAAUCUUAUUCAGCAUCAAAGAACUCACACAGGAGAGAAGCCAUUUUCAUGUUCAGAAUGUGGGAAAUGUUUUACUUUUAAAUCAAGUCUUGUUAUACAUCAAAGAACUCACACAGGAGAGAAGCCAUUUUCAUGUGCAGAAUGUGGGAAAUGUUUUACUCAGAAAACAGACCUUGUUGUACAUCAAAGAACUCACACAGGAGAGAAGCCAUUUUCAUGUGCAGAAUGUGGGAAAUGUUUUACUCAGAAAACAGACCUUGUUGUACAUCAAAGAACUCACACAGGAGAGAAACCAUUUUCAUGUUCAGAAUGUGGGAAAUGUUUUACUAAUAAAUCACAUCUUGUUAAACAUCAAAGAACUCACACAGGGGAGAAGCCAUUUUCAUGUGCAGAAUGUGGCAAAUGUUUUACUGAUCAAUCAAGUCUUAUUCAACAUGAACGAAUUCACACAGGAGAGAAGCCAUUUCCAUGUUUAGAAUGUAGAAAGUGUUUUACUGACAAUUCAAAUCUUCUUAGACAUCAAAGAACUCACACAGGGGAGAAGCCAUUUUCAUGUGCAGAAUGUGGGAAAUGUUUUGCUCGGAAAUCAACUCUUCUUCAGCAUCAAAGAACUCACACAGGAAAGAAGCCAAUUCAGAGCAGUCUAUAUAAGAGAAUUCUCCUGGAUGACCCAUCAACCAUGGAGAGAGACAGGAACAAGAUGGCCGACAGGAUCAUAAACCUCACACUACAGAUACUCUUCCGGCUUACUGGAGAGGAUUACACAGUAGUGAAGAAGUCCUCUAGUGGGCGCUGUCGGGCCCCUGUGUGUGAAGGAUGGGGAAGAACCCUGAGCCCAAUCCCGGGGCCCCCACCUCACUCCCUGAUACAUGAGGAAAUGGAUGAACAGAAGAUCCGAGAACUCAUCAACAAGAUGAUGGAGCUGCUGACUGGAGAGGUUCCUAUAAGGUGUCAGGACGUGGCGGUCUAUUUCUCCAUGGAGGAGUGGGAGUAUGUAGAAGGACACAAGGAUCAGUACAAGGAUCAGGUCAUGAUGGAGGAUCAGCAGCCCCUCACAUCACCAGUCAGAUCCAGUAAGAGAACAGCACCAGAGAGGUGUCCCCGUCCUCUUAAUGAGAAGAAUAUGGAGGACAUUACUACAAGGAAAAAUCUGACAUAUAUUAAUACUACAGACAUAAAGGAAGAAGAAGAGACAGAUGUGAGCGGUGAUGAGCAGUAUAAGGAGGACAUUCCUACAGAGAAAAAUCUGAUCUAUAUUAAUACUACAGACAUAAAGGAAGAAGAAGACACAGAUGUGAGCGGUGAUGAGCAGUAUGAGAAGGACAUUCCUACAGGUAACUGCCCAGAUUCCUGUACCAGGAGAUCAGAGGAGAAUCUUAUAUCUUCAGAUUAUAAAGCAGAUGAUGAUAUCACACAAGAUACAUAUGAAGAACAUUCCAUUAUCCCAGAUACACCCUCAGCCCUUCACAGCCAAGAUCUGUCAUCUCAUCCUUAUAUACAGGUCCUGUCUUCUCAGUCAUCACAGGAUGUUCAGCAAAAUAAAAGCCACAGAAGGUGUGUUACACAUAAAAGAGCUCAAACAGGAAAGCUAUGUUCAUGCUCAGAAUGUGGGAAAUGUUUUACUUUUAAUUCAGAUCUUGUUGUACAUCAAAGAACUCACAAAGGAGAGAAGCCGUUUUCAUGUUCAGAAUCUGAAAAAUGUUUUACUUCUAAAUCAAAUCUUGUUCAACAUCAAAGAACUCACACAGGGGAGAAACUAUUUUCAUGUUCAGAAUGUGGAAAAUGUUUUCCUUAUAAAACACGGCUUGUUAAACAUCAGAGAAUUCACACAGGGGAGAAACCAUUUUCAUGUUCAGAAUGUAGGAAAUGUUUUACUUCUAAAUCAAAUCUUGUUGAACAUAAAAGAAUUCACACAGGGGAGAAACUAUUUUCAUGUUCAGAAUGUGGGAAAUGUUUUAUUUCUAAAUCACGGCUUGUUGAACAUCAGAGAACUCACACAGGAGAGAAGCCAUUUUCAUGUUCAGAAUGUGGUAAAUGUUUUACUCAGAGAUCACAUCUGUCUGAACAUCAAAAAAUUCAUAUUGGAGAGAAGCCAUUUUCAUGUUCAGAAUGUGGGAAAUGUUUUACUUCUAAAUUAAAUCUUGUUCAACAUCAAAGAACUCACACAGGGGUGAAACCAUUUUCAUGUUCAGAAUGUGGAAAAUGUUUUACUUCUAAAUCAAGUCUUGUUCAACAUCAGAGAACCCAUACAGGAGAGAAGCCAUAUUCAUGUACAGAAUGUGGAAAAUGUUUUACUAAUAAAUCACAUCUUGUUCAACAUCAAAGAACCCACACAGGAGAGAAGCCAUAUUCAUGUGCAGAAUGUGGAAAAUGUUUUACUCGAAAAGCAAUUCUUCUUAUACACCAAAGAAUGCACACAAAGUAGCCUUCUAACUUGUCAAAUUGUAAAAAAGCUACAACCAUUGCAGUCAAAGUCAUAGGAGAGAUCAAUUUAGAGCAAUAAAUUUACAUUGAAAAAGUGACUAUUCCAAAAAAUUUCUAAAAUACAAAAUGCGAAUAGAAUCCAAAUAAUACAUCUGUAUUUAUGUCACCAGGUACUAGAAUAUUAUAUAUAUAAACUGGUCCCAAACCUUGUUACAAAUGUUUAAUAAAAAUUUACUUUUCAAACAUAAAGUUUCUUAUCCAUUUAUCUCUAUAAUUUUGUCUGCUGGGAAAUAAUCCCCCAUAACAAUGUAGAGAUAUGAUGUGUCCGCUGCUCCUCAUGGUGAAGACCC